AUGGCGACUGGUGAUUCUCUCGAAGAUAUUAAGAUCGAGAUUGAUGAUGAUUUGGAGAAAAUCCCAAUUGAAGAAGUUUUCAAGAAGUUGCGAUGCAGCAGAGAAGGUUUAUCUGGAGCAGAAGGAAAAGAAAGACUCAAGAUCUUUGGACCAAACAAACUCGAAAACAAGAAGAAGGAACACAUAACACUCAGGUUCUUCGCUUUAAUGUUUAAGCCUUUAUCUUGGGUUAUACAAGCAGCUGCAAUCAUGGCUAUGUUGUUUGCUAACGGCGAUGGAAGGCAACUAUUUCUCGGUAUUGUAUGUCUUUUGAUAGUCAACACAAUAAUCUGCUAUCUCAAAGAAGACGAUGCCGCAAAUGUUGUUGCUAUGGCUAGGGCUGGUCUUUCUCCCAAAACUAAGGUUUUGAGAGAUGGAAAAUGGUCAGAGCAAGAAGCUUCAAUUCUUGUUCCUGGAGAUAUCGUGAGCAUCAAGCCAGGUGACAUCAUUCCUUGUGAUGCACGUCUUCUUGAAGGCGACACUUUAAAAGUUGAUCAAUCUGCUCUAACCGGAGAAUUCGGUCCCAUAACAAAAGGUCCAGGAGAAGAAGUUUUCUCCGGUACUACCUGCAAGCAAGGUGAGAUGGAAGCGGUUGUGAUCGCCACUGGAGUCCACACGUUUUCUGGUACAACGGCUCAUCUUGUCGACAAUAGAACAAACAAAGUUGGACAUUUCCGGAAAGUGGUAACCGAAAUCGAAAACUUGUGCGUAAUCUCCAUAGCCAUCGGUAUUUCAAUUGAGGUCAUUGUGAUGUACUGGAUCCAGCGUAGAAACUUCAGUGACGUUAUCAACAAUCUUCUGGUUCUUGUGAUUGGUGGGAUCCCCCUUGCAAUGCCUACUGUUCUAUAUGUAAUAAUGGUUACUGGUUCCCUUAGGUUGUAUCGAACAGGAACUAUCACGCAACGAAUAACCGCCAUUGAAGAUAUGGCCGCUAUUGAUGUUCUGUGCAGUGAUAAAACCGGGACUCUAACUCUCAACAAGCUUAGUGUUGACAAGAAUCUGAUUAAGGUUUAUUCUAAAGACGUUGAGAAAGAACAAGUGUUGCUAUUAGCUGCAAGAGCUUCGAGAAUAGAGAAUCGAGAUGGUAUUGAUGCUGCUAUGGUUGGAUCUCUUGCUGAUCCAAAAGAGGCAAGAGCUGGAAUUAGAGAAGUUCACUUCAAUCUAGUUGAUAAACGAACCGCUUUAACUUAUAUCGAUGGCAACGGAGACUGGCAUCGAGUAAGCAAAGGAACUCCAGAGCAGAUUCUUGAUCUUUGCAACGCGAGAGAUGAUCUGAGGAAGAGUGUCCACUCGGCAAUCAGAAAUUACGCUGAGCGUGGACUCAAGUCAUUUGCCAUAUCUUGGUUCCGAAAUACAAAUUGUAACACUGUCUUUUUUUUUCCUUACCAAUUAUGUUCAGAGCACAAAUACCAUAUUGUGAACAAGUUGCAAGAGAGGCAUAUUUGUGGUUUGAUUGGUGAUGGAGUGGAUGACGUUCCUUCGUUGAAGAAAGCGGAUGUUGGUAUCGCUGUUGCGAAUGCUACUGAAGCUGCAAGAGCUGCUUCUGAUAUCGUUUUGACUGAGCCUGGACUUAGUGUUAUCAUCGACGCGGUUCUAGCUAGUCGAGCCAUUUUGCAACAAAUGAAGCACUACACAAUUUAUGCAGUUUCAAUAACCAUCCGUGUUGUGUUUGGGUUCAUGUUCAUCGCUUUAAUAUGGAAGUUCGACUUUUCACCAUUCAUGGUUUUGGCCAUUGCUUUGUUAAACGAAGAAACCACCAAGGCUAUCACAAUGGAUAAUGUCACCAAUCCUUCUCCUACACCAGAUAGCUUGAAACUCAAAGAGAUCUUCGCAACCGGCGUUGUUUAUGGCAGUUACAUGGCUUUAAUAACUGUUGUGUUCUUUUGGGCUGCAUACAGAACCGAUAUCUUCCCGAGAACGUUCCACGUGAGAGACUUGAGAGGCAAUGAAGCAGAGAUGAUGUGUGCUUUAUACUUACAAGUGAGUAUUAUGAGCCAAGCUCUUUUCUUCGUUAUUCAAUCAAGAAGCUGGUUUUUUGUCGAACGACCUGGAGAGUUAUUGUUUCUCUCUUUCGUGACAGUACAAACUAUUGCAACAACACUCGCGGUAUACGCAAGUUGGGAAACUGCGAGAAUCGAGGGAAUAGGAUGGAGUUGGGCUGGAGUUAUUUGGCUCUACAACAUCAUCUUCUUUUUUCCAUUAGACAUAAUGAAAUUCGGAAUCCGUUACAUACUAACCGGAAAAGCUCAGAGUCUCUUUGACAACAUGGUACACUUAGUUUUGAACAGUUAUGCAAAACUCAGCAAUGGAAUAUACAACCAUACUCAAGCUGACCAUACUUACUCACUCUUGGAAGUGUCAACUCCUCCAUCCCAGGACUUGAGAGGCGUUGGGUGGGUUUAA